AUGGGAGGCCAUGGAGGUCUGAACAUACUUCCUCAGAAGCGAUGGAACGUGUACAACUUCGAUAACCGAGAAAAAGUUCGACAAGAUGAAGAAGCGGCGGCUAAAGAAGAACAGCUCAAGCGCGAACAAUCUCGAAAGCGUGAUGCCGAGUUUCGCCUCGAAAAGCUCCGCCAAGCCCGUGGCAUAGCCCCCUCGGCCCACACCACUACUUCUUCGGUUGAAUUGGAGUUGAAAUCUGAAUCGAAGUCGGAUUCGAAUCAUAUUAAUUUGUUCGAGGGAAUUAAGAUUUUUGAUCCGGUUAGGGGUGGAAUUGAAGGUGAAGUUGAGAAAAAAGAUGGAAAUAAGAAGAUGAAAUUGAUGAAGAAAGAGAAGGAGCCGAAGGUGGUGAUGCCGGAGGAUGAGAAGUAUAGGCUGGGGUAUGGAGUUGCCGGAAAAGGAGUGAAAUUGCCAUGGUAUUUGGUGAAGCCGAGUGAUAAUGAGGAUGGGAAGAGUAGUGGGAAUCAUAGUGAUGAUGAUGGUAAAUUUAGAGUGGGGAAGGACGGGGUGAAGAGUAGUGGGAAGAAGUCAUUGCAGGAAUUGAGGGAAGAAAGGUUGAAAAGAGAGAGAAGAGAGAAAGAACGAGAACGGGCGUUGGUACUAGAGAAGAGCCGGAGGGAUGGAGGAUUUUCUUCUAGGAGGAGGUGA